ACGUCAGCAUCAACCUACGUGAAAUGUUUUUUUCUCAUUAAAAAAAAAUGUAUCUAGAUCUAAGUCUUGCUAUUUUAUGAAUUAAAUUAUGAAUAAUUAAGUCGUCAACCAUUAUACUCCGAAUUACAGAUGUAACUGAUGCGCAUAGAAUCACACAAUGUUCGCAUCAAGAAAGUUACUCUGCUGUAUCGAGAAGUAGGCAUUAUGAAGAAUUCCGUCGACUAUUAAAAGAAUCAAGUUUACUUACAAAUUACCCUUAUAUAAGUCCACAACUGAGCAGUGUAAUAUGGAUACACUACCUUCACUAUAAUAAUGGAUUCUGUCAGUAACACUGUCCAUACGGCAGAUCCCAGAGUGGAUGGACAAGGUCAUGCACACAUUCACAUCGAAGUCGGUCAAGGAGACGAGCGAAAGUUGGAUGACGUGGAUAAAAGGAGUGAAUCACAAGUCACUGACACUGUCAGAGACAGUUCACUAACUGUCUCUGGUAAAGAAAGUGAGGACUUCGACUGUGAGUUUGGGCCCAAAGUGCAGAGACGCCCUGGUCUGGGACGCUAUAAGCAUGGACUGAAGUAUGCUCUCCCUUUCAGACUCAAGAAAUCAGAUCCAAGCCAGCUUCCCCUGGAGACCAAUGGUCUGUUGAACUACAUGACUUUCGGCUGGCUGAACAGAUACAUGUGGCUCAUCUAUCGUCAUGGUGUGUCCUCUGUCAAAGAUCUUCGCAUCAACCAGUCUGAAAGUUCCCAAGUCGGGGCUCAAAGAAUGGCUAGAUUUUGGCAGGAAGAGCUAGCAGACAAGGCACAAGACAAAGUCUCAUUUGGUCAUGCCAUUUUCAGAUCAUUCAAAACAAGAAUUUUAAUUGGAACAUUUGCUAGUCUUAUUUAUGCAGUGUUUACUCUGGCUAAUCCAAUAUUUGUUAUCAACUACUUUUUAGUGUAUUUAACUGAAUCUGAUGUUUCUGUGAAAUCUGGGAUAAUUUAUGCUAUUGCUUGUGGACUGUUUCUACUUUUGAAAGGUCUAACUGGUGCUUUUUUCUGGAUGUUGAACUAUGAAGCAGCAACAAGAAUCAAGUAUGGAACACUUGCUCUACUUUAUAGAAAAAUUCUUCAUUUAAAAAGUCUAAAAGACAAGUCUGUAGGAGAUAUGGUUAAUUUUAUCAGCAAUGAUGGCCAGCGCCUAUGGGAUGGGAUCAUUCUUGGACCUUUCAUCAUCAGCUCUUUGAUCAUUGUGAUCAUGAGUUGUGUCUACAGUGUGAUGCUAAUGGGGCCAUGGUCGCUAAUCAGCUUCAUUAUUAUUAUUGGAUUCUAUCCCUUUGCUAUGUUUUGCGCCAAAAUGUCUCAGUGCUAUCGUGAGAGAAGUAUUAAAAUAACUGAUAAAAGAGUGAGUUUCAUGAACACAUUACUCACUUCUAUCAGACUCAUCAAAAUGUAUGCUUGGGAAAUGAGCUUUGCUAAGAAGAUCUCUGAAAUUAGAUCAGAGGAGCAACGCCUGCUAGAAAAGAGUGUUUUUAUACAAAGCAUCAGUAUGGGGUCAUCCAUGCUGGUUCCCCUCUUUGCUAGCAGUCUGAUGUUCAUAGCUUAUGUGACCACAGGUCAUAAUUUGACUGCUGCUCAGGCAUUCACAUUUAUUGCUCUACUGAACACAAUGCAGACUUCAAUGUCAACAUUACCAUUUGCACUUAAAGCUAUCUCAGAGAUGGUAAUCAGCACCAGAAGAAUUCAGGAUGUGCUGUUGAUGGAGGAAGUAAGUCUGCCUCCUUUGCCAACUUCAAGUGCUACUGCUAUUCAAUUAGUCAAUGCUUGUUUGAGUUGGCCACCUAGUACAGCUCAUAAAAACAGUAUUGUAAAAAGAAAGCCAAGGAAAAUGGGGAAAAAAAAUAUCAUCCUGUCAGAAAGUAAAAGUUUAAAUGAACAUGAGAAACAAAAUGGCCACAAAUACUCUGAACCACUGCUGAAGAAUAUCAAUCUUGACAUCAAGAAAGGACAACUGGUUGGUAUUUGUGGAAAGAUUGGAAGUGGUAAAACUUCUCUAAUCAAUGCUAUUUUAGGCAGGUUGCUAGAGACACAAACUGGAAUUUUUGUGAUGUUUCCUCCACAGUUGUCUUUAGAGUCUGGUAUGCUGCUAACAUCUGGACACUGUGCAUACGUCCCCCAACAAGCUUGGAUAACAAACAACACAGUCCGAGAAAAUAUUGUUUUCGGACAACAAUAUGACCCUGAAAGAUAUAACAAAGUACUACAAGCUUGUGCUCUGACUGAAGACCUAAAAUCUUUUCCUAAUGGAGACAUUACAGAAGUUGGAGAAAGGGGAACAACUCUAAGUGGUGGUCAGAAACAAAGGAUCUCACUGGCCAGAGCAGCUUACAGUGAUUAUGAUAUUUUGCUAUUGGAUGACCCACUUUCAGCAGUUGACGUCCAUGUUGGCAAUCAUAUCUUCAAUCAGUGCAUUCUGGGAUUGAUGAAAGGCAGAACUGUAUUAUUUGUAACUCAUUGUUUAGAGUUCUUACAACAUUGUGAUCAAAUAUUGGUGAUGAGAAAUGGUGUUCUAGUUGAAGAAGGGUCACACAGCCAAAUGUUAGCAAAUGGUAGAGAGUAUGCAAAUGUUCUCAGUUUUUACAGCAGUGAAGAUUAUGUAUAUGUAAAAGAAGGCCUCUUGGAGACAAGAGACUUUGGAAAAAACAUAAAUGGAAGGAUUGCUGACAGCAACAGCAAUAAUUUAACAAACCAUUGUGUCCAGCAGGUGAAUAACCAUACAGAAACUAUGGGAAAAUCACAUGCAACCACAGAAGACCAGUCUACAAAAUUGAUGAAAGAAGAAGAGUUAGAUAAAGGCUAUUUGCAGUUUUCAGUAGUUCACCAAUAUAUUCAGUCCAUGGGUGGAUAUCUCAUUCUGGCCUUAGUUUUGUUUUGCUUCUGUCUACCAGUAGCUGGAGUCACAUCUGCCAAUUGGUUUUUAUCCUACUGGAUACAACAAAGUGCUACAAAUACAUCUUUUUUAUUGAAUAAGACCUCACAUCUAAAUAGUAUAACCAUAGAGGACCUAGAAACAGAUAAAUAUUUACUUAUAUACGCUGGAUUUAUUCCAGUUCUUAUUGUUCUCAUAUUGCUGAGAUCAUUUGGCAUUAUGAAGGCCUCACUUAGAGCUGCAACUCAUCUACAUGAUUCUGGUUUUAAGAGUGUUCUCAAGUGUUCCAUGUCCUUUUUUGAUAGCACACCCUUGGGAAGAAUUAUCAACAGGUUUUCUGCUGACUUAGAUGAAAUUGAUAUCCGCCUACCAUUAAAUGUGGAGAUAUUUUUAAGCAACGUCCUACAAGUUCUGGCAGCACUGGCUAUUAUUGGAUAUGUGUCGCCAUGGUUCCUUCUCUCUGUUGUUCCUCUGGGUUUCUUGUUUUUCAUCUUGAUGAAAAUUUUCCACAUCUGUGUCUGUGAACUGAAGUGUCUUGACAAUGUAACCAGGUCACCUGUCAUCAGUCAUAUGGCUGUCUCUGUACAAGGGUUGGCUUGUAUUUAUGCCUUUCGUAUGACCAAUGUCUUUGUUGAAAAACAUUGUCAGCUUCUAAACAUCAAUUCUGUAGCAGUAUUACUAUUUUACUCCUCCAAUCGUUGGCUGGCUUUGAGACUGGACUUGGUAUCUGCUGGGGUUGCCUUCAUGACUGGUUUACUUGUUCUGCUUGGCUAUGAUCAUCUGAAUCCAUCCCUGGCAGGUCUUGCUCUGUCUUUUGCUUUGCAGUUGUCUGGUCUGUUCCAGUACACAGCAAGAUUAACUGUUGAAACUGAAGCAAGAUUUAAUUCUGUACAUAGAAUCUUGAAAGAUAUUAAUGAAACCAAAAAUAUAGAGCAGACAAAAGAAAGUGACCAACAAAAUAUCUCAAACUGGCCUAGAGCUGGUUCUGUGAACUUCAAUAACAUCAAACUUCGCUACCACAACAAUCCCACGUUGGCUCUGAAAGGUGUUACAUUUCAAGUUGAGGCUAAUGAAAAAAUUGGCAUUGUGGGAAAAACUGGAGCAGGGAAGUCAUCAUUGGCUGCUGCCUUGUUUAGAUUAGUUGAGCUGGAGUCUGGUCAGAUAUUUAUAGAUGAUGUGGACAUAUCCAAAAUUCCCCUAAAUGAUCUAAGGUCAAGGUUGUCCAUCAUUCCACAGGAUCCAGUCUUAUUCACUGGAACAAUAAGGUCUAACCUUGAUCCAUUUCAAAAAUAUUCUGAUGAUGAAAUCUGGCAAGUUCUAAAUAAAUAUUAUAUGGCUAGUUUGAUCAAAACUCUAGAUCAUCAAUUGGAUACACCUGUAUCAGAAAAUGGAGAUAAUUUUUCAGCUGGAGAAAAGCAGCUCAUUUGUAUGGCAAGAGUUCUUCUUAGAAAAAGCAAAAUCUUAGUACUAGAUGAGGCAACAGCAUCCAUUGAUUCUGAAACAGAUACUCUAGUUAAGAAAACUCUUCAAGAAGCUUGUAAGAACUGUACUAUGUUGAUCAUAGCUCAUAGACUGAAGACAGUUCUAGAAUGUGAUAAAAUAUUGGUGCUAGAGGAAGGAAUGGUCCAAGAAUUUGACUCUCCUUCACACCUACUGUCCAAUGCCAAUUCCAAAUUUAGAGCCAUGUUUGAGGCAUCUGGCUCAGCACUUUCAGUCUCCUGUUAAACAGGUUGAUUGUGACAUUUGUUGACAUCGUGAAAUGCUCAUCUAAAGGGAUUCUGUGACAAUUAUACAUACAAUAUGUAAGGCAUGCUCUUUUUGGGACAUAAUCUACAACAAAUAACACCUAGGGUCACAUAGCUGAUCAUCCAAAUAGCUAAUUCAGCUGAUCACUGGUAACAUUCAAGUUGUGAAGCUAGUGGGAUGUCUCUCUUUUCAUCAUCUGUGGAACUGCUUAAUGGUAGCAGUCAAGCUGGUUAACUCUGAGAUGGUCAUCUUUGACAAUACAUGCGUGUAAAGAUAUCUGACUGUGUGCUAAUUAUUUAGCAUGCACCCUUCUCUUGUUGGUUGUUGUUUUCACUGAGAUUUUUAUCCCAAUGAAAUCUUAAUUCUGUUUGUUUGUAUAAUAAUGUACACAAUUUUGUUGAUGCCAAACUUUUGUUUCAUUGUGGAAAUGAAAAAUCACACUUCUAUUUAUAUUAGUCUAAAAUGACUGGAUUUCUGAAUGCUUAGAAAAUAUAAUCUUAUAAUAAACUAGUUAUAAUAACAAAUACAUUUUAACAUUAUAUUCUGUGUAACCAUACAGUAGUAUAUUAACAAUGAGAGUUAUUUUUUGUUACUUUUCUGAUUUAUAAACAUGAGUAUGUUAUUUUUUUUUCAUUUUCUGAGCUCUGUGAGCAAUAUGUUGCAAUACAACCUAGAUCACUUGAAUUCUAUCUUUUAUCAGUGGUUGUAAAUUACUUUUUGAGGCUAUUUUCAAAAAUAGUCAGCAAUGGUUUUCAAAAAUAGGUUUGUAAUCCUUAAUCUUUAGUAAUAGACUAUGAAGAGAGUACGUUUCUUCAAGGCUACUGUCUACUGAUCUUUUUUUAAAAAAAAUUCCAAUGAAUAGAUCACCUGUAUUUAUGAUAACUGGAAUAAAACAUUUUGUAUUGACAUAUACAAGUCAUUCUUCUUCUUCUGUUGUUUUUUUAACAUUUACUAAACUUUGUUAAGCAGUAGGCAAGGGAGGUAAGUCAUUUUCCCCUAAAGUGAAAGGAAAACAAUUAGUUAUAUUUGGGUUAUUAAUUGGGUCAUGUGAUAUAUGCUCUGGACUGCUGUCUUGGUGGUCCUGGGUUCAAACCUUGCCCAUUGCCAUCCCCUGCUGUCCUGCGGGAGGUUUGGACUAGGAUGUAAUAAUCCUCGAUUCUGAAGGAACACUUGAAAUGUAAAAUAUGUAUAUCCAAGUAAUAGGAGAAAGAGUAUGAAGUGAACAUGAAUAUUCAUUUUUUUUUAUGUACAUUGUUAUUUGAAAUCCAUUUUCAUUGUAUUCAUUUUUCCUUUUGUACAUUUGAAACUGUAUAAAUAAAUGGAACCAUUUUUUUUAUAUUUUUGUGUCUGUGUGCAUAUUACAAAAUUAUAUUUGAUGAAAUCCAAAGAUUUAGUUAAUGGGAUAGCCUGACGUAACCCUGUGUAUCACUUGGUGAGCAUUGGGCUAUAACCAGAUCUCCAUCAAUUUAUGGCAGCUCUUUCUUAGUUUAUCACUUGUCACCUGAAGUCUUUAGCUGACUGAUGACCUUUCUCUUAUCUUAUAAAAUACAGAUGUUUCUUCAAAAAAUAUAACAUCUCUUCCAAGUUUAUUUCACUUUCUCUACUUUAACUCUGUUGGCUUUUUCCACCCUUUUGUAAGCUUUCAAAAUUGUUUCUUGCUUUCUGUUGUCCAAGACCUUAGAGAACUGUUCAAAGGCUGGACUUAUGACCAUGCAAGGCUGAACAGCCACAAGGGCCUCACCUUCCAAGAGAGCCUCCGAAUUAAAAAAAACAACUACUUCCUUAAAGUUUCCUAUUUCAUUUGUUCAUGUUGUUUCUGAAGUGGCCUAUGACAUGUUGGCAAUAAUUUCUAGCAAGUUCAAUAGUUUUCUGUUCACUUGAACAAUUCAUUGAAUGAGAAUUUACCCAAUUUUGUUUGACUGUCUUUGCUAAUCCACUUGAUACAUGUAAGACAAGUAUUUAUCAACUUAUUUGUUACAUGAAGUUUAUUUAAAAUAAAAAAUAAAAUGUGUUCAGAAUAGAGAAAAGAUAGCUUCUAUUGCAGGAUUGUUGAUUUGUUUUCUUCAUUUCUCAUUAUCAAGUAAGAGGGUUUAAAUGAGCAGUUCUGUAUCUGAGAUCAACUGCACAAUGGUCUUCAUAGCAGAAAGUUUUCCAUACAGUUCGUCAUCUAAAGUGAUGUUCUGAGGCCAAUAUGUUGUUCUGACCUCUUGAUCAAGUAUGCAGGUUUGAGGGACAUGGACAGCAUUCUGUGGUGACACUUUACAAUGGCAUAUUCCUCUUCCAGAACAUAUGUUGUCUUAUUCUGUUGUGCCCUGUAGAGGAACUAUAAUUAUUUUAUGUUAAAUUGUUACAUCUAAUUUCAUUAAUUUAGCUGAGGAAAAUGAAAAUUGAAGGCUAUAUCUGAACCAGAUGUGUCUACAAUCUGUGUCAUUUAUUCAUACACACUUGCUACUUGAGCAGUUGGUCAGACCUUUCUACUAUUGGGUCAGUUCAUUAGACCCUUCUUGUAUCUUUUUAACUGAUCAAGUUUAACUAUUAUCUGACAAGAUGUUCGAGCUUGUUUUUAUACCUUACUCACCCCUUAUUUUACACAGUCAUUCUUAAAUGUUGUUGUUAUUACUAAUGAAACUACCACAGAUUUAUCUAUUUAUUUCUUGUUUAACUAUUAUUUUAAUGCAUUUGUAAAUUUGUUUUUAACUGUUUAAUUUAUUGGAUCACCAUGGCUGUGGGUCAGACUUGCUUGUAUUUGUCUUGUGGCGAGAAGAGUAUGGAUUCCUAUGUUGUAAAAGAAUAGACUACAAAGUUUGUUUUUUUUUUAUUUUAUUUAUCCUCAAUGAAAUAAGAAAGAUGUAUAAAAAGAUCUAUUUAUAAACUAUGUAUGGUGGAUGAGUGGUAAAGGGCUUGGUUUCUGAACUGAGGAGUCCUGGGUUUGAAUCUCUGUGAAGACUGUGAUUCAAAUACAGGGAUUUUAAGGGUGCCCUUGAGUCCACCCAGCUCUAGUGUGUACCUGACCAUAGGUGGGUAAAGUAAACCGAUUUGUCAUUGUGCUGGCCACAUGACACCCUCAUUAACUGUUGGUCAUACAACAGAUGAUCUUCCCCCUAUAUCAGAAUGUCAGAAGGGGAGUACUUUAUUUUCCUUUUUAAUUAGAAACCAGCCUCCUAAAUAAAGCAUUUUAUGUUUUCCUUAUCAUACAGAGUACAGAAAUCUUGCUGGUUAUAUAAGAAAAACUUAAUAGCAACUCAUAUUAUAGUUUCUAUUGAAGAAUAAACUAUUCUUUUUAUUUUUUUUAAAUGUACUACGUUUUGAUUUAUAAUUUGUGUUGUAUUUUUUUCUUUUAACCAUCUGUUUACAGUUACUAGUCACUGAUAAAGAGCUCAUUUAUCAAGAUAAAAAUCCUGUAACUUAUUAAUACGAUUGUGUUAGGAAAAGCCCAAACUCAGUACUAAUUUAUGUUAAUGUAGAAAUGAGUCAAAUGUUUGUAAGGUUUUUGUCUUGCUUUUCAUUUGCUACUUAGCUCAGAUGUUAGACAAGUUGUAAGGGGGAUAACAAACUUUGUUAGGUAUUGACUCCUAAUGGUAUUAAUCAAUAUCACAAUGUGUAUUGCAUACUAAUUGUUGGUCAUUGUUCACUUUUAGAAAUAUCAUUUAUAUAUUAAUAUCAUCGUACAUCAAACAUAAAUCACUGAGGGUUUGUAAUUAACAGCAACUAGAAUGCUACACUCUUUUUGUAUUCGAGAGAUUUUUAUAAAUCUAUAUAACUGUUAAAACCAAAAUUGGCAUCUAUGUUUCUUUCACUCUAUUUUAUUUCUUUUAUUUCUCUUAUUGGGUUUAUGUUUUGAAACAAUGAAACAGCUGUUAUUUUAUAAUGAUCUGAUCUGUCUUUACAAAAGUUGCUUGAUUUAUUGAGGAUGUUUUUUUUUAUGUUGUCUUUUUUUCAUUGUGUACAGCAAUGAUGUUUUGUUCAAGUCUUAAGUACUGAGAGUAAGGGUCUAUCAAUAUAAAGUAAAUUUCUUUUAUGCAGGCCUACUUCUAGUUUUUCAUGCAAAUUGUAGCUACAGCAUUCAAAUCUAAAUCCAAACCUCAAAUUUAAAACAAAUUGAAUGAAACGAAGUCUUACUCACAAGGUUCAUCUGCAAUAGUAUAUACAUGAGAAAAUUUUUUUCAAAAUGUUUCUAAAGUUUGAGAGUGGACAUCAAUUCUCAACAACAAUACUAAACUUUUAAGUUUGCUCAUUCAUUUUUUUUCAUGCUUCCAGAACAUAGUUUAGACUUAUUUUGUGUGUGUGUGUGUUCACACUAGUGUAGAGACAAAAUGACCUUUACCAACUCAUAAGGAAUGAGCUACAAAAAAACAACCUGAUAGUCAAAUGCUCUACCACAUGACCACAGCAUUAAUUGUCUGUUAGCACAGAUAUUUGCUAGGGACAUUCCAUGUUGAUACAUUUUGUUGAUUACUAAAUAUCCUUUGCUCAGAAAUUUAAUGCCAGAUUCUUUUAUUAGGUAUGUAUAGAAUAUCCAAAAUUUAAUAAUAAAAUGCAGAUAGGCUUAAGAUUUAAUGUUCAUUUAUGCUAGGAACAAAUUUUUUUUUCAUCAAGAUUUAUGAACUUCUAUCUGGUCAUUGAUAAAUACUUGACAUUUUUAUGAUCAUGUAUUUAGAUCUUAUGGAAUGGUAAACAUCUUCUUUCUAUUAAAAUAAAUUACUUAUGUUAAAUCAUUUACUGUAUUUACGAUAUGUACCCUUUCUUUUGUUUGUAUAAAUGAUUAGUAGGUUGAUUGUGACAUUUGUUGACAUUAAGAAAAGCGCAUCUAAAAUGAUUCUGUGACAAUUAUUCAUACAGUAUAUAAGGUGAACCCUUUUUGGGUAAUCCACAACAAAUAACACCUAGGGUCACAUAGCUGAUCAUCCAAAUAGCUAAUUCAGCUGAUCUUUGGUAAUAUUCAAGUUGUGAAGCUAGUUGUACGUCUCUCUCUUCAUCAUCUGUGGAACUGCUUAAUGGUAGCAGAAAGUCUGCAGCACUGUUGGAUAUGUUGCUGAGUGGUUUAAAACGCUUUAUUACCUAUGAAGGGAGCUUGAACUUGAAACCUGACUCAAGCUGAGUUGUGUUUGAUGAGCAGCAAGGAAACCUUCUCUCAGAUACCCCCCUCCCUUCCCUCCCAGGUCCACAAAAGAGAUUGAACCAUUGUGCACUCAGCAUGCUACUAGCAUGAAAGAAGUGCUAUGCAAAAGCAAUUUAAAAAAAAAAAAAAAGGUUUCUAAGCCCAUGUUAUCUAAAUACACAA